UUGAUGUCGGGGCUGGCGGUGUUGUUGUGUGUUGAGCCUUUCCGAAGACAUCAUCUUCAUCUUCAUCUUCACCAUCUUCAUCCUCGCCGCUGGUCCCGCACGCGAAGCACUUUGGUCUUCUUCCGGGACGAGAGCGGACAUUAGCGGACGUCAUUGUUGCCCUACUUUGUUGACUUUGGAUGCCGUACUUGUCGUGAUUGGGCGGAAAGUUGAAGGUAAAAAGUUAGUAGUGAGUGAGUGAGUGAGUGAGUGGGUGGGUGGGUGAGUGAGUGAGUGGCCAUGCCGCAACAUGGAGGAGACGACCUGGGCGCCACGGACGAGAUGAUCGCCUUCAAAGACGAAGGUGACCAGGAGGAGAAGAUCCAGCAAAGUUCCUUCACUGAAAGAGACUUGGCGGACCUCAAGUCUUCUCUGGUCAACGAGUCGGAAACUCACCAGAACCAGAACCAGAACCAGAACCGUGCUGUCGCUGCUGCUAGCUCCUCGGCUGUCCGGCAAAGACAACAAGCUGAGCACAGAAACUUCCCCAACAAACAUCUCGACAACGUAUCAAAGCAGCAAGAUGGCGGCGUGUACAAGACGUCGGGUUAUCCCGGUUACCCCUUCCUGAUGCUGCCCGACGCCUACCUACCCAACGGCUCAAUUUCGCCAUCGUCCAACAAAGUGUCGGUGGUGCAGCCCUCGCACGGGAUGCACGCGCUCACGUCGCUGCUGCCGUACAGCAACGAGCACUUCAGCCCGAGCCCGUCACACCUGCCUACUGACAUGAGCCAGAAGACAGGCGUUCUCAGGCACCAAUCCCAGGACCUAUCGGGCUACUACCCUCUCCCCGCAGGCGGCGUGGGCCAGAUCGCUCCCUCCAUGGGCUGGCAGAAGCAGGCGGUCUACCCUACACUAUCCUCCUGUGGCUUUCACCAGUCCUUCCCUUCCCACCUUCCCACUGCCUCCUCCUACUCCAGGUUCUCUCAUUCUCUCAUGCUGGGCCCAUCUGGCAUGCACCCCACUGGCAUCCCUCACCCCGCCAUAGUGCCCCCUUCUGGCAAGCAAGAGCAUGAGCACUACGACAGAGGCAUGUACACGAAGCCCCAGGUGGACGCCAAGCGGGAGAAGGAGCCCAAGAAGGCGGUGAUCAAGAAGCCGCUGAACGCCUUCAUGCUCUACAUGAAGGAAAUGAGGGCAAAGGUCAUCGCCGAGUGCACGCUCAAGGAGAGCGCCGCCAUCAACCAGAUUCUUGGACGCAGGUGGCAUGCGUUGAGCCGUGAGGAGCAGGCUAAAUACUACGAGUUGGCGCGUAAGGAGAGACAACUUCACAUGCAACUUUAUCCCACCUGGUCUGCACGGGACAACUAUGAGGCGGGCCUUAGCGGGGUCCAGAGUAAAGCUGAUUGGGGCAAGAAGAAGAGGAGGAAAAGGGACAAGCAGCAGGACUCCAACUCAGACUUGGGUUCUCCCAAGAAAUGUCGAGCUCGCUUUGGCCUCCAGCAGCAAACCGACUGGUGCGGUCCCUGCAGGAGGAAGAAGAAGUGCAUUCGCUUCCAUCAAGGAGGACGCUGCUCCAGUCCAACUUGUUCACAUUUAACUCCGCCUCCAGACUCGCCCCCCCACCCGCACCCUUACCACCAGCGGCCCCCCUCGCCGACUCCCCCGUGCAAGGUCGCCCCGAAACGCGCUCGCCCGCAACAGUCAAGGUUCAGCGACCUCUGACCUUCGCGUGGCAGCGAGGCGGUUUCCCCUGGCAACGUGCGGGAACUCGUCAAGAUAUUACAUUGAAUGUAAAAAGAUGUAAAUAUCACAAACAUUUUGUAACAUUAGCAACAUCUGCGUGCCAUAACGUUUUCUGAAUUAGUUUGGACUUUUCCCGGGCUUCUUAAUGAGCUCCAAUGUUACAAAUCAGGUGUUGUAGUGCCUUCUAGUGCUUCAUUGUGCAACUACAACUUGACUGCACGUUUGACAUUUCUGUACAAGUGUGCGCGUGGGCGUGCACGUGCAUGACAAUCGCCUGUAUAACACAAAUGUCUGGACCAACUCAUCGUAUAUUUUAUUUUUAUUUGUGUAUUUUUGUACUGUCAGAAGGGGAGGAAAGCAUUUUGUUUUGUAUGUUACUUUUAAAAAGGUUGCAGCUCUGUAAACUUUAAUUAGGUUUUCCUGUAAAGUGUUUUUAUAUUAAUGUGCAAAUUGACCUAAUAAUGAACUUUCAUGUUUAUGGAAAAAAAAAGAAAAAAAAAGUACUUUUUAGUCGCUACCAUUUCUUAAAGCAAUACUUUUAAGUGUUUUGGUUUCAAUGUCACGUUGAACAAUUCCGUGUUCAUCCAGCAGAGGGCGAUGUUGCUUGUAGUUUCAUAUAAACACCAGAGAAAUGACUUUUUUUUUUUACACUUGAAUUGUUUUGGUGUAUUGAAUUUGUUUAAAUAUUUAAAAGGAUGUUUUUAAAGAUACAUUUCAAACUGGAAUA